ACGGGUGGGUUCAUUAGCUCACGACUAAAAGAAGAGAAGGGAGACAGUAUUAAAUCAACUUACACGCACAAAAGUAGUCGCCAUCUGCAAGUUCCUGAUACAUUUCAUAAGCAUAUGUGGUCAGUCAACGUGGGGAUUGUGUGGAUAAGACUUCGGCGCAAGAAGGACAAUAUUCGUUGGAGUCAAUAGAGGAGGGGAUAGAAAAAUAGAAAAGGAAAACAAGAAAAUCACGUACUGAGGGAAAGAUGUCGAAUUCCAAAUCAGAGCGAAUAGAUCUGGACAAACCUAGAUGGGAUCAAAGCACUUAUAUUGGAAGAGCCAAACAUUUUUUCAAUUUAACUAAUCCGUUAAACUGUUUUGCAAGUAGUACAGAGCUUGAAAAGGCUCGAGAUAUUAUUUCCAAGUACAAGAAAGGAGAAUCACUUGAUGCGUUAAAAAUUACCGAAGAUGAAUUAUGGAAAAACAAAUAUUUAUAUGACAGUGCUUAUCAUCCGGAUACUGGUGAAAAAAUGAUCGUUAUUGGCCGUAUGAGUGCUCAAGUUCCAAUGAAUAUGUUUGUCACUGGCUGUAUGCUGACAUUUUACAAGUCAACACCAGCAGUUAUAUUUUGGCAAUGGUUCAACCAGUCGUUCAAUGCAGUGGUGAACUAUACAAACAGAAGCGGAACGAGUCCAAUCCCCAUAGAAACACUAGCUCAAAGCUAUGUUGGAGCUGUAGGAGGUGCAGUUUUCACAGCUCUUACGUUGAACCGACUCGUUCGUUUUGCUCCACCGUUGGUUGGACGAUUAGUUCCAUUCGCUGCAGUUGCUGCAGCAAAUUGUGUAAAUAUUCCUUUGAUGAGGAUAACAGAGCUCCAAAAUGGUAUCGAAUUACAAAAUGAAAAAGGAAACGUUGUUGGCCAUAGUAAGAAAGCAGCAAGAGAAGCUAUUGCUUCAGUUACAAUAUCUAGAAUUCUGAUGGCAUCACCUAGCAUGGUAUUAUCACCAAUGCUAAUGAACUACCUCGAUCGACGUCGGCUUUUAGUCAAUGCAAAGUGGGCCGCAGGACCAAUACAAUUGGCUGUAUGCGGUGUCUGUUUAACAUUUGCAACUCCACUUUGUUGCGCAUUAUUUGCUCAACGAGUUCCAAUUUCCAUUGACCGUUUGGAACCCGAAGUACAAAAAGAAGUUUUGAGUGUAGAUCCGAAUGCUAAAGUUCUUCUAUAUAAUAAGGGCCUUUGAAUUAUUAACUGAACUAGUCAUAUACAUAUACAUAAUAAUAUUGAAACAAUUCUUUUACUGCCUCACUAUGUCCGCCCACAUAAAAACUUAGCACACUUGGAUUAUUCAGGGUGGAUAUAAUGGAAUGAUAAACAAUGGAAGUUAAUUAAGAUAAGUCUAUAUUUAGAUAAUAAUUGUCAAUGCUAAAUCAAAGUUGCUGUUAUAUAAAUCAGAGAAUCUCUAUAAUGAACAUUCCUUUAAAAUAGGAAUAAUGAUGUUAUGAAUGUAAGUGAAGGAAGUUUGACAAUAUUUCAAUACACAUUCAUGUUCGAUAUUCCAACAGACAAAAUGAAUGUAUAAUUAAUCUUUAAAA